GUUUUGGUAAAGAUUUGUACUUUAAUUCACGAUGUCGGCCUCUAUUAACCCGCUAGCAAAUCCUAAAGGAGGGAAGAAGCUUUGCGAAAUUUGCCAGAAACCUGCGAAACUGCAGUGCACAACAUGCCGGGUCACAUUUUACUGUAACCUUGACCACCAGCAGGCCGACUGGACCAGUAUUCACGAAAAAGCUUGUCUGCUGCUGGUUUCUAUCAACACACCUGCACCAUCCGGAACAUUGUCUGACCAAGACCAUCACCACAAAGAAACGCUGAAGAAACAGAAGCAUCUUAUAGAGAUGGCUCAUUUGGAGGCGCAGAAGUGGGUGUCCAUGAAGAGGUUUCAGGAUGUUUUACCUGCCGCUCUUCUAUUCCAGCAUUGGGCCAUGCAGGUUUACGGAUCAUGUGCUGUUGAACUGGUACCAGCAUAUCUACUGCUUGCUCAGGCUAAUAUAGGUUUAGGUUCUCUCUCUCAGGCACAUGAGUAUCUGUCUAAGGCUGAGUGGACAGUAAUGAAAACAGCAGACUGCAGUCACACUGUCCUUCAUCAGCUGCAUAGAACCCUGGGCCGUCUGCAUGCUGCCAUGGGAAAACACACAUCUGCUCUUACUCAUUUUGCCAAUGACGUGUACUAUGCCAGUGAGAUGUUUGGUUUGGACAGUACUGUGACGUCUGGAGGAUAUUUCCUCAUGGCUGAUGUGUUUCUGAAGCAAAACAAGCCUGACAUGGCCCACUCGCUUUACACAGAGGUGGCAGGUUCAUGGCACACCCACCUGUGUAAGCUGAUGGAUGGUAUCAGUCAGAGUGCCACUCAACCAGACGAGUGUUUUAAUGAAGCGCAGUGUGUGGAGGCUGAUCAGAUGUUGAGUUGUAUCCUAGAGUUUGAGGAACAGUGUGUGAAACCUCACCCUGAACUAUCAGCCAUGUUGGCUCAUUCUCUGGCUAUGCUGUGGCUGCUACGCGACAACUACACCAAGGCUCUGGAGUAUGGGAAGAAAGCUGAAUUGUUGAUCCAGGGGUUAAAAGAACAAAACCGUCUGAGAGAGUUGAUCCAUAAUCUCCUGCUACAUGCUGAAAAAACCUUGAAUGAGACUGCAAACACUAACUUACACACCGCAGACUACGAUACAUUGAAAUAAACUCAAAACAGAGCACAGUUUACAGCACAGUGACUUUACAUUGCACAGUGCUGUCCUGGCUCGUUUCAUAAUGACUUGUUGAUAUUAUCAAUGUAAUUUGGGAGAUCCAUUCAUUCUUUUUUUUUCAGCUUAGUCUCUUUAUUAAUCAGGGGUCACCACAGCGGAAUGAACAGCCAACUUAUCCAGCAUGUUUUAUGCAGCGGAUGCCCUUCCAGCCGCAACCCAUCACUGGGAAACUCUCAUAUACUCUCAUUCACACACAUACACAGCAAUUUAGCUUACCCAAUUUACCUCUACCAGAUGUCUUUGGACUUGUGAGGGAAACUGGAGCACCCAGAGGAAAUCCACGCAAGCACGAUCCACACAGAAAUGCCAACUGACCCAGCCAAGGCUUGAACCAGCAACCUUCUUGCUGUGAGGCAACAGCGCUACCCACUGUGCCACCAUGCCGCCUCAAAUUAAAUUGACACUUUAAAUGUAUGCAUUUUGGCUUUUCAGUUACUCAUUUAGUUUUAGGGGCCUGAAAACUAAAUAUUUUGGAAAAUGGAAAUUAAGCAAUACCAAGAUUGAGUCAUGUAAACUCCAAAAAUAUGAUUUUGUGAAAAUGAUAUUGCUCAUGCAUUUUACAAAAAUAGCACACAUAUAGUACUGUAUAUGUGAAGUCAGGUAAUGUGUCAAUACAACUAGCCACUG